UAUAGUUUUAUAUUGGACUUAUAUUCAACUUGACCCUAUUAUAGAUCCAUUUUAAAACACACAGACGCACGCGUGUACAGUACACAGGUCCGAGAUAGAUAGACCCGUGCUAUUGUCGUGAAAUCAAGUCAGCUAGGUGUCUUUUCAAAGUGAUCGGUUUUGAUGUUUCCCUUUUAAAACGGAAAUCAAAUAUCCAGCCGUUUUUCUAUUUUGAUAUGUUUCCAAAUGAGAGCCGUGCAACCACCGAAAGAGACCGACCCAAAAGUCGCUACGACAACUACGUUGCUACUGAUUUGAAAUACGGCUGCCUACUCGGUGACUUCGCAUCUGUAUGUAGUCUAUGAAUAUCGGGUCUAUAUGGCGACAAGUGCAGGGAGGGUUUACCGCCGCGCCCCGCAUGACGAGAGGCAGUAUUCGUGUCGCGUGUGUGCGCAUAUUUUGUUGAGCGUGUGUUUAUUGAGUGUAUAUUUAUGACUGUUGACGUUGUUUCGGAGAGCGGAACCUUUAACUCGAGCGGAACCUUUGUCGCCGUUGGACCCGGAGGCAUUAGCAACGCGUACGCGCGCCACUCGGCUGUGUUGUUGUUGCUGCUUCGUUUCAAUUUUCUCGUGUUUUUUUGCCUUCUUCCUCCUCCUUGACGUCCUGCGGCAGUGGACCGAUGCAGUGCGCUUGGCUCCACUUGGGUCCGCUGCAGUGGGCCACUUUCGUCGACAAACAGCUCCAGGUGACGGCGGGAAAGGAGCCGCGAGAGUUCGGAGGGUGGUUGCUCACCGUCGACCCCGUGUCCGCCAGUAUGGUUCUGGUCACCUUUAGCGCGGUGGGCGGGGCCAGCGUCCAGGUGGUGAUGGGUCACGCGGUGCGGCACGUGGAGGUGGUACGGGAACCGGACGCCGCCACGGCCCGUCGUCUGCGCUCACUCUUCCCGCCCCCCGUGGCCGGCGGGCCGGACCCGCGGCGGCGCGCUGCCGUCCGCCGGUGGCUGGAGGACAACCGCGUGCCCGUGGAGGAGCACGGCGACCAACUGCGGGUGGCCGGCGCGGUCACCGUGGUCGCGCCUUACGGGCCCGACGACUGCGGCGGCGCCAACCAGAUCGUCCUGGAUCGAGUACAGAAGCUGCUGGAGCGACACAGACGGCAGGAAGCGGCGGAGGAACGACAGGAAGUCGGCGCCGCUUCCUGAAGGCCUCUCACCUGCACCCGCUUCCGUCCUUGAUCAAAUAAAAAGUUGCGCUUGACCCACUUUGCUGGCAACCGAUCUUCUAUGAUUCCCUGAAAAACUCAACUAUUUGCUGCUUGGAUGUCCAGAUUACUUUUAUUGCACCCAAGUCUGAGUCACUCGAUUUUGGGUAUCUUACAAAAUCGAAUCCCAAUCUGAUACCUCAACAAUCUGCAUCCGAAUUGGCUCGAUUAUCUUAACUGAAAACGGUCCAAUUACUCUGAAUUUCAGCCUCUCAACAAUAAUUACGCGAAAAAUAAUAACAGAUUGAUUGUGAAAAUAAUUGUGAUUUGCAACCCUUGUUAUAAGUCAGCAGUAGUGCAAAUCAGGUCAACAAAUUUCAUUUCAUUCUCGACUUCAGCAAUUAUAAACAUUUCAAGAUCCUAUUUUUUUUUCCCAGCUGAUACCGAUCAGCUAAAAUAUUGUGAUUGAAACAGGCCAAUCUGAAAAUUGCAGCUUCUUGGUUUUCCUAUCAGACCAAAGCCGUGUCGAAUUAAAAAAAAAUCAUUGCUUCGGCCCCAUCUUGGUGCCGAGGAACUAUGUUGAAGUGAGGGAAGGAGCUUCAUCUGGGUGUUGUAAAUGUGUUUCCAUGGCAACACGAACUAUUUUGAAAGGAAAUGUUUACUACUGGCUAGAGCAGGGGUGGCCAACCCGCGGCUCGCGAGCCUCAUGCGGCUCUUUAACUAGUAUCACGCGGCUCUUCAGGAGCUGUCACAUGACAUGCAAGAAUUGCUUAGAGUGGCAAUAACAGAAUACAAGCCAGAUUUGAAGAGGAUUGUUCAAGAUAAGGAAUGCCAGAAGUCUCACUAAGCAGCAUAGUAAGAGAAGGAUGUUAUUGAAAAUGAUUCUAUUAUUGUUUGUGGACUUGCUUGAACUGAGAGUUUGUGUGUGUGUGAGACAGCGCACACAAUGUUAACUGUUGAAAAUGACUGAUAUCAUGUUGGUGUGGUUAUUUUCAUUAGAUCUGGCUGAGCAGAGGUCUGUGUAUGCGUGCAUACGUGAUUAAAAGAUGAUGUUCAUGUG